UCGAUGGUAGUCGCGUAUGUAUUCGGAUGGAUGCUCGGACUGAAGAAGUCGCAACGGAGCUUUGCGGUCGCGGCAUCCAUGUUCAUGAACUCGAAUUCACUCCCAAUAGCGUUGAUGCAGAGUCUGGUCUUCACCGUACCCAAUCUCAAGUGGGGAGAUGAUGACAAUGUGAAUGCUAUGGAAUGGUCGUACGUACACCCUGUGUUUUCAAUUCUGUCCGUUGCUUACAUGCGCUGUUCUUUCCAGCUUCGAUGGAGUUACGGCGUCAGGCUCUUGGCAACCGCAGACCCAGAGGCAGUAGAAGAUCUCCCUGCAGAUCCUCUCGACCAUAUCUUGCGUCAUGAGCGGUCUUCACUGACAGAUGUCGACGACACAAAACUCUUGCGCAGGCCCGCGCGCCGAAGACCCAAGUCGCUCCCGAGUUCACGAUCCUACUCGCCUCAACCCCAACCGCAGGCAUCGACGUCCGGUGCACCUCCAUCUCCCCAUGGGGCGUCCGAUCUCCGAGCCGACAUCUUCACUCUGGCAAUCCCGCAUGCGGCGCAUGGGCAAUCGUAUCCGCAACGCCUGGGCGACGCUCUACGAGUUCAUGACCGUCCCGCUCUGGGCCGCACUCGCAUCGCUGCUGGUCGCGUGCAUCCGGCCGGUGCAGCACAUCCUGGAGGUGCACAUUGCACCCGUCAAGGGCGCGCUGAACGCCGCGGGCAAUGCUCCAUCCCGCUCACGCUCGUCGUCCUCGGCGCGUACUUCUACUCGCCGCCCGAGAAGGACGAGGGCGCGACAGAGAGGGACGGUAGGCUCCCGACACACAAGCCGCUGAGCCGCACGCCGAGCUGGGCGUCCCGCUCGACGCUGUACGACCAGAUGCGCGGGAUGUUCAGUUUGAAGAGGAGGGAUGGCGAGCCGAGGCAGACUCAGAGGCAGGCACACCCACGCCCGGGCGAGACCAAGACGGUUGUCGUGGCGGUGCUGUCGCGGAUGGUAAUCACGCCGUUGUUGCUCCUGCCACUGAUGGCGGUCGGCGCGCGGUUCGACGUGCAGCGGGUCUUUGAAGACCCUGUGUUCGUUGUGGCGAACGUGCUUUUGAUCGCGUCCCCGCCGGCAUUAACGCUUGCCCAAAUCACGCAGGCCGCGUCGGGCGACGCGUUCGAGCGGCUCAUCAGCCGCACCAUCUUCUGGUCGUACUGCGUCCUGACCCCGCCCUCCACCAUCCUCUUCGUCGUCGUCGGGUUGGUCCUCGCGAAGCUCUGAUAUCGGCACCCGGACUGUGUUGCUGCAAUCUGCGCUGCCCCUCCGACUUGCAUCGUUCGUACGCGCUGGCGACAUAACUUGAGACACUGUCUCCGUACAUAUGUAUCACGGCAUUGGCCUGACUCUGUACUCACCAUCGUGCGUGGUGUUAACGUUCCGUUUGGCCCUAGAAGUACUGGUGGGGUGUUGAGCGUAUGUGAUGGGGGUGGAGGGAGAACGUGUUGCGAUUCUAGAGACCCGGAUGGCUGAUUGUACAGUAGGCGUUUACCAUUUACCACCACAUGUUCCCGGAUAUGGAUACACUGCAUCUCACGUCCUGACUGGGUCUAAGUUAUCAGAUUCAGUCGGUGCGUUUGCUGUGGGACGAUGAGAUGGA